CUUGCAGUCUCGAAGGAGAAACUCUCUCGCUUGGAGAACGAGAACCAUGUCUUGAGGCAGAACACGUUAAGUUUAUCCCCAAAGAGAAUAGGACAGAGACUUGGUGAAAAACACUCUAGUGCUAUCGUACCAGCUCAGAAUGACAAAAGAUCUGUUUUUGCGACACCCACACCAUCAAAGCACAUUAUGCCCAUUUCACAUAGCCUGUCAGAACCACGUCGAUCGAAAUUCACUGCAGAAAGAAACUUGGAGAACUACGAGUUGCUCUCCAGAUGUAUAAAGGAAAAUUUGGGAUUCAAUGAUGAUAAGCCACUGGCUGCUUGUGUAAUAUACAAAUGUCUUCUGCACUGGCACGCCUUUGAAUCUGAGAGCACAGCGAUAUUUAACAUCAUUAUCGAGGGAAUUAAUGAAGCCCUUAAGGGUGGAGAUGAGAACAAUGUAUUACCAUAUUGGCUUUCAAACUCUUCAGCACUUCUAUGUCUCUUGCAGAGAAAUCUGCGGUCGAAUAGUUUUCUAAAUGCUAGUGCUCAGCGGUCUGGGAGGGCUGCAUAUGGAGUAAAGACUCCUUUUAAACUCCAUGGACCUGACGAUGGUGCUGGGCAAAUAGAAGCAAGAUAUCCUGCAAUAUUAUUUAAGCAGCAGCUGACAGCAUGUGUGGAAAAGAUUUAUGGUCUAAUUCGUGAUAAUUUGAAGAAAGAAUUGUCACCGCUUCUUGGAUUAUGCAUUCAGGCGCCCAAAGCUUCACGAGGGACUGCUGGAAAAUCAUCUAGAUCACCAGGUGUUGCGCCGCAGCAAUCACCGAGUAGUCAAUGGGAAAACAUACUAAAAUUCUUGGAUUCUCUUAUGUCCCGCCUACGCCAAAAUCAUGUACCCUCGUUCUUCAUUCGAAAACUUGUGACUCAGGUUUUCUCAUUUAUCAACUUGUCACUUUUCAACAGUCUUCUCCUUCGACGUGAAUGUUGCACAUUUUCAAAUGGGGAAUACGUGAAAUCUGGGAUUGCAGAAUUAGAGAAGUGGAUAGCCAGUGUCAAGGAAGAGUUUUCAGGAACUUCUUGGCACGAGUUAAAUUACAUUAGACAAGCUGUCGGAUUCUUGGUUAUACACCAGAAGAGAAAAAAAUCACUGGAAGAAAUCAGGCAGGACCUGUGCCCGGCAUUGACAAUAAGGCAAAUAUAUCGAAUAAGUACGAUGUACUGGGAUGAUAAGUAUGGAACUCAAAGUGUCUCAAGUGAGGUGGUUUCUCAAAUGAGGGUACUUGUUGACAAGGAUAGCCAAAAACUAACAUCUAAUUCCUUCUUGCUGGAUGAUGAUAUGAGCAUUCCUUUCUCUGCAGAAGAUAUAGAUAAGGCUAUUCCAGUUUUAGACCCAUCAGAAAUAGAACCACCAAAAUUUGUAUCUGAAUAUACGUGUGCACAGUCCCUUGUGAAGAAACCCUCCACAGCUUCAGCCUCAACGCAUAUCCUUUGAUGCAUAUGAGCUUGAUUAUGCAUCAAUGAAAGUUAGGAAGAAAAAAACAUUUGGUAUUUUGCAAAUUUCUCUUUUAGGAGAAUGAAACAAUGGAAGCUUAGACUUUGUAACUGUAGAACUUUACUAUACGUUGAAGUCAAAAUAUUUGUAAUUGUGCAAUUGUCAGUUUUUUCUUUUCUUUUUGGGGACUGUAAAUGGUACAGCAUCUUUGUGAAUAUUAAGUAAUGAAUUCUCUUAAUUCUUUGAAAUUUUAUGGAUA